UGGUUUUCGAAAAGAGUGUGCGUGGAGUUCCACGAUUUGAUUCAGAUGACGUUGACGAUGGAUAAAUAAAAGCUAGAUCACUCACAUCUCUCCUGGUCAACGCUGCGAAUCCUUCACCAUUUGGCUCCAAGAUGUGGAAGCUCUGCUUCUGUCUACCCUUCCUACUCCUGGACAUCGGUGUAGCCAAGGCUUCUGCUUCCAUAUACCUCCCUAGUCAAACCGGCGCUGACGGUUCUUCGAAUCCAGUUUGCUCCUCCCCUGAUCCGAACCUGAACCACAGACCGGUCAUAGGGAUACUGAGCCACCCUGGAGAUGGAGCGUCGGGUAGGCUGAGCAAUGAUACUACCUCGACUUACAUCGCAGCUUCUUACGUGAAGUUCGCGGAAGCAGGUGGAGCACGUGUCAUCCCUCUCAUCUAUAACGAGCCUGAAGAUUUUCUCUUCAAGAAGCUAGAGCUAGUCAAUGGUGUGAUAUUCACUGGUGGUUGGGCUAAAAAAUAUGAGUAUUUCGACAUGGUUACAAAAAUCUUCAAAAAAGCGUUGGAGAGAAAUGAUGCUGGAGAGCAUUUUCCAAUAUAUGGCAUUUGUCUCGGUUUCGAGCUUAUGUCUAUCAUCGUUAGUCAGGACAGAGGCAUUCUUCAAAGAUUUGAUGCAGAAGAUAAUGCGUCAAGUCUCCAGUUCGUUGAAAAUGUUAAUAUUGAAGGAACCUUAUUCCAAAGAUUUCCUCCAGAGUUGUUGAGAAAACUCAGUACAGACUGUUUGGUUAUGCAGAAACACAGGUGGGGUAUCACACCAGAAAAAUUUAAAGCCAAUCAUGCUCUGUCUAGUUUCUUUGAAAUUGUGACAACCUGCAUUGAUGAAAACAGCAAGACUUAUGUUUCAACCGUUAAAGCAAAGAAGUACCCAAUAACUGGCUUCCAGUGGCAUCCUGAGAAAAAUGCAUUUGAAUGGGGUUCAUCUCAAAUUCCACACUCAGCUGACGCUAUCCAGGUGACACAGUACGCUGCUAGUUAUCUAGUCAGUGAAGCUAGGAAGUCUCUUAACAGACCAUCUUCUGAAAAAGUGCUGAAGAACCUUAUAUACAACUACAAGCCUACGUACUGCGGAUACGCAGGGAAGGGUUAUGACGAAGUAUACCUUUUUACACAACCAAGAUCCCGUUUAUAAGAACGUCUUCAGUCUUGUGUGUUUGUUCAAGUGAAUCAGUUAUAUGAAGUGCAUGUAUCUCUUAUCUCAGUUAAAAGGAGCCUAUUGUUUUGGCUCGUCUGGGUGAUUUCUCUUCUUGUUCUGUUUGUUAUCGCUUUGGAACUGGAUCGUUUCAAAGGUUGGAAUUGGUGUUAUGUUUGUCUUUUUAGCAAUAAAUAUUUGGCAUACGAACCAACAAAGGAUUGUUAAUAAAUAAA